AUUUAGCUUGUCAGUUGUCAGUCUUAAUGGCGUAAUUCUGAAUUUCUAUGUUACUUAAAUUGUAAUCACCUUCUUGUGAGCAGGAAUGAAAAACAAGGAAGACGGAAAAUCGCCGUUUUAUAUCUGUAGCUGUUUCACAACUGAUAACAUCUUCCUGGAAGACUACAAGCUCCAUGUUCGCUUCGUAACAGAGCAGCAGUUCAGAUUGGACUAUCGCAAACUUCUUGAGAGACUCGGCUGUGUGACGGAACAACAGUUUGAGGAUGUCCUCAAAAAGAUUUCCCAGGAGGUGGACAGACGAAGGAGCCUAGCUGUGACGUCUGCAGAGAGAGCCACUGUUAUAAAAGAUGUGUACCAGCCACUGCAUUCUCAUGUCUACCAUCUGCAGGAGUCCUACCUCGCUCCGAAGUUCAAGCAGAUUGCCGAGUUCUGUCGCAGCAGCUGCGUCAGUGAAGAGGGUCUCUUUGACUUGCUGGAGGAAGAGGCAGCUCCGAGGGUGUAUCGCUUCCCCGUGUUUGAGAAAAGCUUCUGUGAGGAGCUGGUGGAGGAGCUGGAGCACUUUGAGCAGUCUUCAGCCCCUAAAGGAAGACCUAACACCAUGAACCACUACGGGAUACUCCUGAAUGAACUGGGCUUUGACGAGGGCUUCAUCACGCCUCUUCGUGAGCAGUACCUGCAUCCGCUCACCUCCCUGCUCUACCCGGACUGUGGGGGGCACUGUCUGGAUAGCCACAAGGCCUUUGUGGUCAAAUAUGAUAUGAAUGAAGACCUGGACCUGAGCUACCACUAUGACAACGCAGAGGUCACCCUCAAUGUUUCACUGGGCAAGGACUUCACUGAAGGCAACCUUUACUUUGGUGAUAUGAGACAGGUGCCUUUAAAUGAGACUGAGUGCUCAGAGGUGGAACACAAGGUGACUGAUGGCCUCCUCCACCGGGGCCAACAAAUGCACGGGGCACUGCCCAUCUCUUCCGGCCAGCGCUGGAACCUCAUUAUCUGGAUGAGAGCCUCACAGGAACGCAACAAACUCUGCCCGAUGUGCAACAGGAGGCCCACAUUGGAGGAAGGAGAGGGCUUCGCUGAUGGAUUCACCAAACACUCUGCUCCCCUGCUGAACGCUUCGUGUGCAUUGACAUGACCUAUCCCGCAGCCGUCAGCCUUCUAUUAAAGCCACUAUGUGUGGGAUUGGAAGAUGUGACGUUGGCACCCCCUAGUGGUGUUAUCACUAAAAGACACUGAAGCAAUUCCCAAUUGUAAGAAUGAUUUGAUUUAAUUUAUUUCAUGAUGCCUUUUGACUGUAUUCCAAAUU